GAGCGCGGGAGGGAGGGAGGGAGCCAGAGCAGGCCGCGCUCGGAGCCUGCCAGGAAGGCGGCCCGGCUCGGCCCGGAGGAGCCGCGAGGCCGCGCCGAGGCCAGCCGGGCUCCUCCUCCGCCUCUCCCCGCCGCCAUUGGGCGCAUCGCCAGCAAAUACGUGCGCGUCUCGCUGCCUCCCCCGGCGGCCGCCCGAGCCCUGCCCGCCGCCGGAGCCCCGCUGCCGCAGCAGCAGCCGCAGCCCCGACAGCAGGCCUCGCCGCCCGGGCCUCCCCGCCAGCAUCCCCCGGCUUCGCCGCCGCCACCGCCGCCGCCCGGGGAAGGCCGGCCGCAGCCAGCCAUGAACCACCAUCAGCAGCAGCAGCCGCCUCCGCCGCAGCAGCAGAAGCCCGGCGAGCAGCAGCUCAGCGAGCCCGAAGAUAUGGAGAUGGAAGCUGGAGAUGCCGACGACCCACCAAGGAUCACUCAAAACCCAGUCAUCAAUGGGAAUGUAGCAAUGGCUGACGGCCACAACAACACAGAGGAAGACAUGGAGGAUGACACGAGCUGGCGGUCUGAAGCCACGUUCCAGUUCACAGUGGAGCGUUUCAACCGGCUGAGCGAGUCGGUCCUCAGCCCACCCUGCUUCGUCCGGAACCUUCCAUGGAAGAUCAUGGUGAUGCCCCGACUGUACCCGGACAGGCCGCACCAAAAAAGUGUAGGAUUCUUUCUCCAAUGCAAUGCGGAGUCUGAUUCCACGUCAUGGUCUUGUCACGCUCAAGCCGUCCUCAAGAUAAUCAAUUACAAGGACGAUGAGAAAUCUUUCAGCCGCCGGAUCAGCCAUUUGUUCUUCCAUAAAGAAAACGACUGGGGCUUUUCUAACUUCAUGUCAUGGAGUGAAGUGACUGAUCCAGAUAAAGGGUACAUAGAAGAUGACAAAGUCACUUUUGAAGUCUACGUGCAGGCUGAUGCCCCCCAUGGUGUGGCGUGGGAUUCCAAGAAGCAUACAGGCUACGUGGGGCUGAAGAACCAGGGAGCCACCUGUUACAUGAACAGCUUGCUACAGACGUUAUUUUUCACAAACCAGCUGCGGAAGGCUGUGUACAUGAUGCCCACGGAAGGAGACGACUCGUCGAAAAGCGUUCCUUUAGCCUUGCAGAGAGUGUUCUAUGAGCUCCAGCACAGCGACAAACCUGUAGGAACUAAGAAGCUAACCAAAUCUUUUGGAUGGGAGACUUUAGAUAGCUUCAUGCAACACGACGUCCAGGAGCUGUGUCGGGUGCUGCUCGAUAACGUCGAAAACAAAAUGAAAGGAACAUGUGUAGAGGGCACGAUUCCUAAAUUAUUCAGAGGCAAGAUGGUGUCUUAUAUCCAAUGCAAACAUGUAGACUAUCGGUCUGAACGAAUAGAGGAUUAUUACGAUAUCCAACUAAGUAUAAAGGGAAAGAAAAACAUAUUCGAGUCAUUCAUUGACUACGUUGCAGUGGAACAGCUGGAUGGGGACAAUAAAUACGAUGCCGGGGAGCACGGCUUGCAGGAGGCAGAGAAGGGUGUCAAGUUCCUCACGCUGCCCCCUGUGCUGCAUCUGCAGCUCAUGCGGUUCAUGUACGAUCCCCAAACAGACCAGAAUAUCAAGAUCAACGACAGGUUUGAAUUCCCAGAUCAGUUGCCUCUCGAUGAAUUUUUGCAAAAAACCGACCCGAAAGAUGCAGCCAACUACAUUCUCCACGCGGUCCUCGUACACAGUGGAGACAACCAUGGCGGACAUUACGUUGUUUACUUGAAUCCGAAAGGCGACGGGAAAUGGUGUAAAUUUGACGACGAUGUCGUGUCCCGGUGUACAAAAGAAGAGGCUAUCGAACAUAACUACGGCGGCCACGAUGAUGACUUGUCUGUACGGCACUGUACGAACGCCUACAUGUUGGUUUACAUCAGGGAAUCCAAAUUGAGUGAAGUCCUGCAGCCGGUCACAGACCACGAUAUUCCCCAGCAGCUGGUGGAAAGGUUGCAAGAAGAGAAGAGAAUAGAGGCUCAGAAGAGAAAGGAGCGGCAAGAAGCCCACCUCUACAUGCAAGUUCAGAUCGUCACAGAGGACCAGUUUUGUGGCCACCAAGGAAACGACAUGUACGAUGAAGAGAAAGUAAAAUACACAGUGUUCAAGGUGUUGAAGAACUCGACGCUGGCAGAGUUUGUUCAAAACCUUUCUCAGACCAUGGGGUUUCCUCAAGAUCAGAUCCGGUUGUGGCCAAUGCAAGCCCGAAGCAACGGAACAAAACGGCCCGCGAUGUUAGAUAACGAAGCGGACGGCAAUAAAACUAUGAUUGAGCUUAGCGACAAUGAAAAUCCAUGGACAAUAUUCCUGGAAACGGUAGACCCAGAAAUGGCUGCUACGGGAGCAACGUUACCCAAGUUUGACAAAGACCACGACGUAAUGUUGUUCCUGAAGAUGUAUGACCCAAAGACACGAAGUUUGAACUACUGUGGACAUAUCUACACACCGAUAUCCUGUAAAAUACGUGACCUGCUGCCGGUUAUGUGUGAAAGAGCAGGAUUUCCCCAAGAAUCUAAUCUUAUCCUCUAUGAGGAAGUUAAACCGAAUUUAACGGAGAGAAUUCAGGACUACGACGUGUCACUCGACAAAGCUCUUGACGAACUCAUGGACGGCGACAUCAUUGUGUUUCAGAAAGAUGACCCUGAGAACGAUACCAGCGAACUUCCCACAGCGAAAGAGUACUUCCGAGACCUGUUCCACCGAGUCGAUGUCAUCUUCUGCGACAAAACCAUCCCCAACGACCCGGGCUUCGUCGUCACGUUGUCCAACAGAAUGAAUUAUUUUCAGGUUGCAAAGACCGUCGCCCAGAGGCUUAAUACAGACCCCAUGCUACUGCAGUUCUUCAAGUCUCAAGGUUAUAGAGAUGGCCCAGGUAACCCUCUUAGACAUAAUUACGACGGAACUUUGAGGGAUCUUCUGCAGUUCUUCAAACCUAGACAACCGAAGAAACUUUACUAUCAGCAGCUCAAAAUGAAAAUCACAGACUUUGAAAACAGGAGAAGUUUUAAGUGCAUAUGGCUCAACAGCCUAUUUAGGGAAGAGGAGAUAACGCUGUAUCCAGACAAGCACGGCUGCGUACGAGACUUAUUAGAGGAAUGUAAAAAAGCUGUAGAACUCUCUGAGAGGGGGUCGGGGAAAUUAAGGCUGCUAGAAAUUGUAAGUUACAAAAUAAUUGGUGUCCAUCAGGAAGACGAAUUGUUAGAGUGUUUAUCACCAGCAACUAGUCGGACGUUUCGAAUAGAGGAAAUCCCCCUGGACCAGGUAGACCUAGAUAAGGAGAAUGAGAUGCUCAUCACGGUGGCUCAUUUCCAGAAAGAGGUUUUCGGGACAUUUGGAACACCUUUCUUGCUAAGGAUACACCAGGGUGAACACUUUCGGGAAGUGAUGAAGAGGAUCCAGGCUGUGUUGGACAUCCAGGAGAAGGAAUUUGAAAAGUUUAAGUUUGCUAUCGUAAUGAUGGGUCGGCACCAAUAUCUAAAUGAAGAUGAAUACGAAGUGAACUUGAAAGAUUUUGAGCCCCAACCCGGCAACAUGUCUCACCCCCGGCCAUGGCUAGGGCUUGACCAUUUCAACAAAGCCCCAAAGAGAAGUCGCUACACGUACCUUGAAAAAGCUAUUAAAAUCCAUAACUGACUGACCCUCUCCCGUUUGUUUGAGGCAAAAAAAAAAGAGAAAGAAAAGCAAGGAGGGGGUGGUGGUGACAAUAAGUGUGUCUGUCUGCGUGUGAGUGUGUGUGUGUGCACCUUUUUAACAACUGUAGGACUUUUGGUACACGUGCACUCAGUCGGAAGUCUCCAGCAAGAGGAUUUGCUGCGGAUGUAUUAAUUUUAUUUUGAGGCUGUUCAGUUUGGCUUCUCUGUAAUCUUAUUAUUAUUCUUAUUAUUGACUGCCCUUUUUUUUUGAGCAAAAACAAAAAAAAUGAAGGUGUUUUAUAAAAGCUUUUGGGUGCCAAUGAGAGUUUUUAUGGGGGAAAAAUGUUAAAACAUGCGAUUGUCAGCGUAACGAGGGGAAGGGGCAGGUCGAGCGCUGAGGAGGCCGACGCUGGCAAAAUGUGUUGUCUUGAUGCUGCGGUGAUCCGGAGGACCCUUGCUAGCAGCCCCUCCCCCCACCCCGUCCGAAAUAUCCAUGGUACCUGCCGUCACUGCAUUUAGUUGGCACUGUGGUCUAGGCUCACGUCCAAUUGAUUCCCUUCAGUUUAUCUCCUUUAAAAAAAGAAAAGAAAUGAUUCUUUUUGUGCAUUUGUAAAAAUUUCAAACCGAAAGAAAAAAGAAGAAGCUCACGUCAUCAAUAAAUAGCAAAUCUCUACUUUGUUGUGUAUACUCUUGGCACUUAUUGGGGGGAGAAAAAAUUUGUCGGUCUUUUCAAUCGGUCUAGGAUUUCUCUUUUUUAUUAUUAUUACUUUAAGGGGGCGUGGCAUUUUGCCAAGGAAGAAGCACGAGGCGUCUUAACAUCUUUGGGGACCCCAGGGUAGGGAGGCCGGGGGCAAAUUGUGUUGAUGUAAAACAAAGUUGUUAAGGAUAGAAUCUCUGGUGAGUUGUUUUUGUUUUUUUUUAAGAAUGGCAGACGAGGAACCAACAACCUUGGAAGGUUUGCAGAAGGCAAGAGGCGUUUACUUUUAUAUAUAUAUAAAUAUAUAUAUAUAUAUAUAUAAAAAAGAAAAUAUAGCGAAUCUGGGAUGGAAGCGGGGGAAAGGCAGGCAGAAUAGCUUUUUAGCACCGAGGGCCUGUUCAUAAGCGUUUAGUAAGCUGUUGACUUUGUAAAUUAAAAACGGGGUGGCGGGGGGGAGAGGGGGCGGGGGAUGAAACUGUAUAUUUAACUGAGGAAACAUGUACAAUUUAACACUUGGAAAUAACGAUUUUGGGGGCGGGGGGCGGGCAAGGGGCAAGUCGGCAGAAAGAAAUUCACAGAUGUCAAUAUUCAUGGUGUGUAGUUUCUACUUUAUUUCCUCUCUUCCCCCUUCCCCCAAGAUUGCUUUUCUAUUUUAGUUUGGAGCAGACAGCCGUGGGGGCAUAUCUUAAGGGGUUUUUUGUUUGUUUGUUUGUUUUGAGUGCAGUUCAGGAAAAAAAACCUAUAGACUGAGCAAUUCUCUUCCCCCCCUUUUUUAAAUUUGGCGUUCUCCCCCCCCCCCUCCUCCCAGCCCUGUUUGUCAUUUUGUUUCUGUAGCUGCCCAUGUGCAAUGGAUUUUCCUGUAUAUUGCCUUUUUGCUGGAAAAAAAAAUGUUGUAUGUUGAAUAAAAAUUUUCUAUAAAAUGUU